GUCCCACCUCGUGGCUCUGGACCUUAAGCAAUUAUUACAAUGGAAGAAACCAAUAAUUUCAAGACACCAAGCAGAUUAUCUGAAAAAAGGAAAUCUGCAUUGUGUUUAACUCCAUGUAUAAAUAUUCCUGCCUCUCCAUUUAUGCAGAAGCUUGGCUUUGGUACUGGGAUAAAUGUCUACCUUAUGCAGAGAUCUCCAAGAGGUUUGUCUCAGUCUCCUUGGGCUGUGAAAAAGAUUAAUCCUAGAUGUAAUGAUGAUUAUCAGAGUAUGUAUCAAAAGAGACUAACUGAUGAAGCUAAGAUUUUGAAAAGCCUCAAUCAUCCAAACAUUAUAGGUUACCAUGCUUUCACUAAAGCUAGCGAUGGCAGUCUGUGUCUUGCUAUGGAGUAUGGAGGUGAAAAGUCUCUGAAUGACUUAAUAGAAGAACAAAAUAAAGAUAGCCGAGAUCCUUUUCCAGCAGCCAUAAUUUUAAAAGUUGCUUUGAACAUGGCAAGAGGGUUAAAGUAUCUGCACCAAGAUAAGAAACUGCUCCAUGGAGAUAUAAAGUCUUCAAAUGUUGUUAUUAAAGGCGAUUUUGAAACAAUUAAAAUCUGUGAUGUAGGAGUGUCUCUUCCAUUGGAUGAAAAUAUGACUGUGACUGACCCUGAGGCCUGUUACAUUGGCACUGAGCCUUGGAAACCUAAGGAAGCUCUGGAGGAGGAUGGUAUUAUUACUGACAAGGCAGACAUAUUUGCUUUUGGUCUUACUCUGUGGGAAAUGAUGACUUUAUCUAUUCCACACAUUAAUCUUCCAGAUGAUGAUGAUGAAGAUAAAACUUUUGAUGAAAGUGAUUUUGAUGAUGACGCAUACUAUUCAGCUUUGGGAACUAGGCCACCUGUUAAUAUGGAGGAACUGGAUGAAACAUACCAGAAAGUAAUUGAGCUCUUCUCCGUAUGCACUAAUGAAGAUCCUAAAGAUCGUCCUUCUGCUGCGCGCAUUGUUGAGGCUUUAGAAGUGGAUGUCCGGUGAUCAACUCAUACCCAUGACUGCUGGAGCCUCAAGUAUGGCUCAUGUAUAUAGCUGUUCUGUUUACCAUGAUACAUUUAUGUAGUUAUUAUGAUGAUUCAUAAUUAUUAGAUG